AUUGAAUCUUUCGCCUGCCGCCUAAGAUAUGUCUCUCUGCUCAUCGCACCUUCUACUCUGGUAGUGAAUGCGAAUGCCAGACCAACCCGUUAGGAAGCAGCUUCGCAGGAUGUCUCUCCCACUAUACCACCCCAAGCCAACAAUCGCCGGCUUCAACAACUUCAACAACGCCUCGCCUGCCAAUCCAGUCCAGAUUCAGUACAUCGCAUUCAGAGGAUGGCGUACAACAUAUUUGACGAUUUCGAUUUCUUCCCGCUUCCCCAACCGAGCCCGUCUUUACUCGAGGAACCACAGGACGACACAUCGAUCAGGGCACUCCCGCCCAAAUCUCCCAACCCUCUGAGCGACUUGCAGGGGUCCACUUCACCCUUUAUUCCACCUUCUGGCUCCGCGUCAAGGGACAAUACUCUCCAUGCGAGCGUCAUACCCAGGACACACGCGGCGGCAUAUCACGUGGAGAUUGACACCCACCCGCCGGACGUGGUCCAGUCCUGGGGCCAGUCAGCCGCCAGCAUCACAGACCCAAGCGAGCCGGUUGACAAGCCAUUGUCAGGCGUGAAGCGCAGCUCUGUCGACAGACAAGAGAUCCGCGUAGACUGCACGAAGUUGGAGCAUGUCUUCGCCGCUAACCAGGUGCUGAUCGCGCAGCAGAAUGAGAUCACAGAGUUGCGGAGCCGCCUUCAGGAGCUCCGUCUGACGGUCAAACAGAUUGUAGGGUUGACUGGCGAUAAGCGCGACGGUCUGCAUCCGACCCGAGGCUCUCACAUCACCGUGGGGACAUUGACGGAGCUAAGGGAUCAGGGCCUUCAUAUUGAAACGACAUUGAUAGCUCGCGAGAACUUGCUUACGAAGUCGAUGGAAGAGUUCGCUGAGUUGCUGGGUCAGCUGCGCGUUCCACUUCCGAAGCGAUCUGCUACCCCGGAGAGCACAGCGGGGGACGAGGUGGAAAGCUUUCUCAAGGCCAGCGAGGAUGAACAAAAACUAUUCUCCCACGCAUCGGUCGCACAGAGGCUUCCCGAUCUACGGAACCAGGUGGAUGAGCUUGAUAGACGGCUGAUUCAGAUCGUGCAGACCGCGAGAAAAGAUAGCAUCUUCUGGACUGGGAAAGCCGGAAGAAUUGACGGCGACUCUGUGGAGUUCUUGCGGACUUACAACGCAGCCCGGAUGGAAUUGGUCAAGGGAUACAAGGCCACGAUAGUGGAUCUGGAGAUGUCUAUAGGGUUCCAGGACGAUCCACUCCAGGCUUUGCCCAAUGAGCUCCGAGAGAGCAAUAUCUUCGAUUCACCUCUGGAAGAGGGCACGCUACCGGGUAUCUUCGUCAACCAGUGGCUGCUCUACCAGCUUCGCGCUUCGGCCUUGGAAGGCAUGCGCAUCCGCUCGCUGCCCGAGUGGCAGGCUCUACGCAAUCAAGGGUGGACGGACACCAGCAUCAGCCGCCUGGCUCUCACCCUCUGGUUCUCCGACGACACGGUCUGUCCAGGGGACGCUGCCGCCCCCAGGAUGUCAUCGGAGAGCCUUCAUUUGAAUAAAGUUUCCAGCACUGGGGCAAAGGUCAGUCCGAGGAAGAGAAGUAGGUCUGGGAACUUGCAAGAGUCGGCAUCUAGAAGGCAAUGUACGCAAUCUCGGGGCGGGCUGGCCCGUCGUGAGACUGGCUAGAAGUCCUUGCGGUUCUGAUCCCAGAACAAGAAGUACGGUUGAUCUUAAUGGGGUGUUGGAUGUUGCUUUCGAGUUGGACACC